GCUGGUGUGAAUAACACUUAUUUGUGGGAUGUGCCGACUUCUUGUCUUGUUGAAAUGAUCACCAAUAUUCAGGCGCCCAAUUCAGAUGGGAUACUAGGGUCUAUCACCUACGUUGAAGUCAAUGACCAAUACACUUUCUUCUGUGGGUCCAAUCAACUAUGCAUUUUUGCAAGAUGCAGUGGUGCCUUGGUCUAUCACUUGUGCAUGAAAGAUUUGCAGCGCAUCAGCUGGGAUGUGCUUCCAGAUCACAGCGUUGACCCAUGCCCUUCAUCAUUCUUCCAGCCCCAACAACUUCAUGAAGCAUAUCACAUCUCUUCCACAUCUUGGAGCAACUUUGUUGCGGCCCAUGUAUCUUCCUCUGGCAAGGACCUUGCAGUCCUCACCGCAUCAGGGAUCUUCAUUUGGAUCCUGGGCUUUGAGUGACUCUCCCAUCGUGAGGUCAUGCUGGACGACAUAGCAACCCUGCUCAAUUUCAACACCUCUUGAGACAAUGUCCAA